AUGGGUACAGGUGGUGGGACGCAAAUACCACUAUGGAUAUCAAUACUAGCACUUGCCUUCAUACAGAUCAAAGAUUUUCCACCAGCUUCAAAAUCCCAAGAAGUGACAAUCAUUCCACCAUUUCAAAACACAUUGAGAUUAAAGGCUGGCAACCCCUCUCACAAUGGCCGUGUGUGCAGCACAUGGGGUAACUUCCACUUCAAGACCUUUGACGGGGACAUCUUUUACUUCCCUGGGGUCUGCAAUUACAUCUUUGCUUCCAACUGCAAAUCUCCCUAUGAGGACUUCAACAUCCAGAUUAGGCGUACAAUGGUGGAAAAUGCUACCGUGAUCACUCAUGUCAUUAUGAAGCUGGAAGGAGCAGUGAUUGAACUGACACACGGCUCUGUCCUGCUUGAUGGCCAACCGGUUCAGAUGCCCUACAGCCAUAUGGGAGUCCUAAUAGAGAGAAGUAACAGCUAUUUGAAAGUUUCUGCCAAGAUAGGACUGACCUUCCUUUGGAAUGAAGAGGAUGCCCUUCUGGUGGAACUAGAUAAGAAAUAUGCCAAUCAAACUUGUGGACUUUGUGGGGACUUCAAUGGAAUUCCAGUCAGCAAUGAAUUUAUUUCAGAGAAGACAAAGCUGACUCCCAUACAGUUUGGGAAUAGACAGAAGAUUGAUGGACCCACAGAGCAGUGUGCUGAUCCUGUUCCUUCUGCUGUUCUAAUGAACUGCUCAGCUGAAUUUGCUUCUAUCUGUGAGACAGUAUUAACCAGUACAGCAUUUACAAGCUGUAAUGCACUUGUGAAUGUUCAGGACUAUAUUGAAACUUGCGUACAAGACUUAUGCCACUGUGACAGCUCUAUGGCUGACUUCUGCAUGUGCAACACCUUUGCUGAAUACUCCCGGCAGUGUGCUCAUGCAGGUGGACAGCCUCUGAACUGGAGAACCUCAGAACUGUGUCCCAAAUCAUGUCCGUUCAACAUGCAAUAUCAGGAGUGUGGCUCCCCCUGCUCUGACACAUGCAGCAACCCGGAACGAUCUGCGCUUUGUGAAGAUCACUGUACAGAUGGCUGCGUCUGUCCUCCAGGAAUGGUAUUUGAUGAUAUUAAUGGUGCUGGCUGCAUUCCCCGUAAAGAAUGUCAUUGUACCUAUGAAGGUGAAACUUAUGCUCCUGGUGUCUCCUUCUCAUCUAAAUGCAGAUCAUGUACCUGUGCUGGAGGUGAAUGGUCUUGUGUCACCCAGUCAUGCCAUGGAACUUGCAGUAUUGAAGGAGGCUCCCACAUCUCAACAUUUGAUGAGAAAUAUUAUUCCUUCUUCGGAGACUGUAGUUAUGUCCUAACCAAGCUCUGUGACAGCAAUGAAUUCACUGUUCUGGGAGACAUCUACAAAUGUGGCCUGACAGACACUGAGACAUGCCUAAAGGGUGUAACUGUCAGCCUAAGUGGAGGACAAACUAACAUUGUGAUCCAGCCUUCUGGCAGUGUAUUUGUGAACAUGAUCUACACACAGCUGCCAUUCUCUGCAGCAAAUGUCACCAUCUUCAGACCAUCAUCUUUCUUCAUCAUUCUGCAAACGACCUUUGGUCUUCAGCUACAGGUUCAGCUCGUGCCUCUCAUGCAACUUUUUAUAGACUUAGACCCAUCACAUAAAGGGCAGACCUGUGGUCUCUGUGGUAACUUCAAUGACAUGCAGACAGAUGAUUUCAAAAUAUCCAGUGGUGUAAUAGAGGGUACUUCAGCUGUCUUUGGCAAUACUUGGAAAACACAGGCUAAUUGUCCUGAUGUUGAAAAUACCUUUGAGGACCCCUGUACUGUCAGCAUACAAAAUGAACAGUAUGCUCAGCACUGGUGUGGACUGCUCUCUGAUACCAUGGGACCUUUUGCUGAAUGUCACUCAACAGUGAAUCCGGAAGUUUACCAGAAGAACUGCAUGUUUGACACUUGUAACUGUGAGAAGAGUGAGGAUUGCAUGUGUGCUGCCCUGUCCAGCUAUGUCAGGGCCUGUGCUGCUAAAGGAGUUCUCCUCACUGGAUGGAGGAGCAAAGCCUGCACAAAAUACACCACCUUAUGUCCGAAAUCCUUGGAGUACACUUACAAUGUUAAUUCCUGUCAACCCACCUGCCGGUCUCUGAGUGAGCCUGAUGUCACAUGCAACAUCAAGUUUGUCACAGUUGAUGGCUGCACCUGCAUAAAUGGCACCUACAUGGAUGAAAGUGGCAAAUGUGUGCCUACUUCUAGCUGUCCUUGUUACUACAAAGGAAUGCCUCUGUCUACUGGAGAAGUUAUUCAUGACAAUGGUGUUGUCUGCACUUGCACCUAUGGAAAGCUGAGCUGCAUUGGAGAGAAACCUGAACCAGUCUGCUUACCUCCCAUGGUCUAUAUUGACUGUGGCAAUGCCACUGCAGAUGUGAUAGGAGCAGGAUGCCAAAAAAGCUGUCAGACUCUAGAUAUGGAAUGUUACAGAAUGCACUGUGUCUCUGGCUGCGUAUGUCCUCAUAAUCAAGUGUUAGAUGGCAAAGGUGGCUGUAUAGAACCAGAGGACUGUCCAUGUGUUCACAAUGGGAAUUCCUACACUCCAGGAGAAUCAAUCAGAGUUGGCUGUAACAACUGCACAUGUAGAAACAGAAAAUGGCACUGCUCUGAUGAACCUUGCCUGGAAACCUGUUCUGUUUAUGGAGAUGGGCAUUACACCACCUUUGAUGGCAAACGCUUUGAUUUUGAAGGAGACUGUGAAUAUGUUCUGAUCCAGAACUAUUGUGGUCAACAAGGUAUGAAUCAGGGAACCUUCAGAGUCAUCACUGAGAACAUUCCAUGUGGUACUACCGGAACCACCUGCUCCAAGUCUAUUAAAGUUUUCCUGGGGAACUAUGAGCUGGUACUCAGUGAUGGAUACUCUGAUGUCAUCCAGAGGACACCUGGAGGAAAAAUGCCAUUCCAAAUCCGUUCCAUGGGCAUCUACCUGGUGGUUGACACUACUGUUGGUCUGAUACUCAUGUGGGACAGAAAAACCAGUAUAUUCAUCAAACUUAGUCCCAGCUUUGAGGGACAUGUCUGUGGACUUUGCGGAAACUAUGAUGGCAAUGGAAAUAAUGACUUCACUACUCGCAGUCAGUCUGUGGUAGGAAAUGUGCUGGAGUUCGCCAACAGCUGGAAAGUGUCUUCUAGUUGCCCAAAUGCCAAUCGUACCAAGGAUCCAUGUACUGCAAACCCAUACAGGAAAGCCUGGGCACAGAAGCAAUGCAGUAUCAUUACUAGUGAAGUGUUUGCAAAGUGUCACUCACAGGUUGAACCAAAUGAAUUUUAUGAAGCAUGCAUAGAUGAUGCUUGUGCCUGUGACACUGGAGGAGACUGUGAAUGUUUCUGUACAGCAGUAGCUGCCUAUGCUCAAGCAUGCAAUGAGCUGGACAUCUGCAUUUCAUGGAGAACCCCAUCCAUUUGUCCUCUGUUCUGUGAUUACUACAAUCCACAAGGGGAAUGUGAGUGGCACUACAAGCCAUGUGGAGCCCCUUGUAUGAAAACCUGCAAUAACCCAAGUGGGAAUUGCCUUCAUGAGUUGAGAGGCUUGGAAGGCUGCUAUCCACACUGUCCAAAGAAUAAGCCCUAUUUUGAUGAAGAAACCAUGACCUGUGUUUCUAAUUGUGGUUGUUAUGAAAAUGGGAAAAAUUACAAACCAGGAAUGCAGAUGCCUUCAAAGCAGAAUUGUCAUUUAUGUGAAUGCACAAAUCAUGGCAAAAAAUGCAAGUACAAUGAAGAUGAAUGUGUCUGCAUUUAUGAAGGACAGAAAUACAGUUAUAAAGAUGUGAUCUACAAUACUACAGAUGGCACAGGAGGGUGUAUUGUCGCAACCUGUGGUCCAAAUGGAACACUUCAAAGGGCUGUCUAUGAAUGUCCAAUCUCAACAUCACCCACAACAGCAACAACAUUUCACUUCAGCACUACGCCACCUGCCACUGCUUUCACAGUGUCUCCAACUACAUCAGUAUGUGUUCAUGAAGUAUGUGAGUGGUCAGAAUGGUAUGAUGGGAGUCUGCAAACCCCUGGUUAUGAUGGUGGAGAUUUUGAAACGUUUGACGAUUUGAGAGCUAAAGGUUAUGAAGUCUGUAAGGCUCCACGGGCUGUUCAAUGCAGAGCAGAGAAAUUCCCCACUAUACCACUAAAAGACCUUGGCCAAAAAGUAGAAUGUAGUACAACAGCUGGGCUUAUAUGUUACAACAAAGAUCAAAUUUCAACAAUGUGUGACAAUUACGAAAUCAGAAUCUUAUGCUGUCGAUUUGUUCCAUGUUCUUCUACAACACGUUUCAGCAUGUCAACACCAAUCACACCACCAGCUACAAGCACAGAAACAUCAAGUCCAGCUGAAGAAACUAUACCAUUUUCAACCACUCUAUCAUCAGUUACUCCAACUUCUGAAAGCACAACUUUCGCACCUUCAGCAACUAGAGAAACAACCACACUCACAAGUGAAAUGACAACACCUGUCACCACUUCUCCUUCAACAACUCCUCUUUGUAUUAAAGAAGAAUGUUACUGGUCAGUGUGGUAUGAUGUCAGUUAUCCAGGGUCUGGAUAUGAAGAUGGAGAUUUUGACACAAUUCAGAAUAUUGAAAAGAAGGGAUACAAAGUCUGCGAUAACAGAAAGGCAAUUGAAUGCAGAGCAGUAAGGUUCCCUAAUACACCAUAUCCCCUCCUGGAACAACAUAUAACAUGUAACACGGAAGAAGGGUUGAAAUGCUACAAUAAAGACCAACUACCACCCAUUUGCUAUAACUAUAAACUAAGAUUUAAAUGCUGUACAAAUACGACAGUACCGUGUCGAACAACUACAACACCAAAAAGAACUACACAAGAGACAGCAACUACUCCCAUUAUUUCAAAAACAUCAACUACAUCAUCCGUAGAAGUAUCAACAACACCAUAUUUACAGACGAAACAUAAG